UAGACAUUUGUGUUUUCUCUGAUCCCUAAAGAUGGCGCUAUGCAUUUAAAGUGCUUUUUAUCUACCGUUCAAAGAGAAGAGGCACGCUUUAGUCUACACUUGUCAUUAUUGCUUUUCGACAGCAGGAGAUCGGGGCCGUUUUGUCAUUAUUAAUGUAGAAAUGGAGCAUAUAUAUUGCCAUUGAGGAUGGACAACUGAGGACACACAACUUCAAGGGAUGGAAAUAUUGUCAUCUUCACACAGUGAGACUAUUCUGCAGAUGUGGGCAUGCGCACUGCAUCGGUUCUACGGGGGACGGGAAGACAUCACGGAAAAACUCUCUGUACCCGAACCCCACGCUGAAAUCCAUUCUUGAUUGCAGUGUAGCACGACUACCGACUACCAUGUUUGAGACACCGUUGAAGUCAGGGACUACUUGACACCCUGGCGAUUUAAGUCGCCGCAAAACCGUAUACAAUACCGUAUGGGAACAGUAUGCGGGAAAUGGUUGGAGGUUGCUGCGUGUGUUCCGAUGAGCGAGGCUGGGCUGAAAAUCCUCUUGUAUACUGUGAUGGGCACGGAUGCAGCGUCGCUGUUCACCAGGCGUGCUAUGGCAUCGUCCAGGUGCCCACUGGACCAUGGUUCUGUCGAAAAUGUGAGUCUCAGGAGAGAGCUGCCAGAGUGAGAUGUGAGCUGUGCCCUCACAAAGAUGGCGCCCUCAAGAGGACAGACAGUGGAGGCUGGGCCCAUGUGGUUUGUGCACUCUAUAUUCCCGAGGUGCAGUUUGCCAACGUUCUCACCAUGGAGCCUAUCGUACUACAGUAUGUCCCUCACGACAGAUACAUCAAGACGUGUUAUAUCUGUGAGGACCAUGGGAGAGAGAGCAAGGCUGCGUGUGGGGCCUGCAUGACGUGCAACCGCCAGGGCUGUCGACAAGCCUUCCACGUCACCUGUGCUCAGAUGGCUGGCCUGCUGUGUGAGGAGGAGGGCCCUGAGGCUGACAACGUCAAGUACUGUGGCUACUGCAAACACCAUUACAUCAAGAUGCAAAGGAAGAUGCGCUCCAGUGGAGAGAACACAGAACGCAGCUCCUUCGGCCCCUCUAGGGGGCGCUCCACGUCCCCCGCCCAGGACAAACACAGCUCCCACCACCACAGGCUCAGGAAGAGUCACAAGGACAAGAUGAGGCAAAAGGAGCGGCAUAAAAAGUCAUCUGAUGGUCUGGGGUCCUCACUGUCCAGCAGCAUGGACAAGUUGUCGUCGGGUCACCACAGCAACAAGGACAGCGAGGGGAAUUCGAAGAGGUUGAGCUCUCACGGCCAGCUGGGACACCGCAGUAAGAAGACAGGAAGCAUUGGCAAAAGCUGCUCCUCUUCCUCUUGCUCCUCCAGUCCCUUCAACACGGGUGGCGGCUCCCAAGACUUCCCCCCGUUCUCCUCUACCUCUCGUUUGGAGUGCGACCCCGACCGAGGAGCGGACGAGCAUGGUGCCGAGGAGCACCGUGACGAGCGGACCAGAUGGACAGCGCCUGAGGAAGAUGACGAAGAAGAGGAGGAGGGAAAGGAAGAAGAGAAAGAAGAGGAGGAGGAAUUGGACAAUAGUAAAUAUCACAACAAGGCCUCUCUGCAGCCCCCGGCCCUGACCCCAGUUGACGGACCUCACGGAGGGUCGUCGCAGGGUCAUGAGAGGUCAGAGGGAGAGGCCAACUCCUUUGAGACCAAGGUCACAAUCUCCACCUUCGGCUCCAUCAUGCGCAUCACUUCCUCCUCGGGUGGGCUAGGCGGCGGCAGCAGCAAGCUCCGCAAAAUCUCCUCCUCCUCUUCCUCGGGGGACUACAAGCUUUCAAAGUCGCUUCUCAAGUCCCCGCACCUAGCCACGCCCCCUAUACUGGAGGAGGCCGACCUAGAGGAAGACAAGGCCACGCCCCCACCACCGCUGCCAACACACCGGGAGAGGAGGCACCGUGGCAACAAGAAGAGCCGGCACGGACCGGGGCGCCCGCGGGGGAGCAAGAACCGGGAGCGGACGGAGAGGCUAGAGGAGGAGUACCGUCAGCACCAUCACCACACGGCUCCUGCUCCACCUCCUUCCCUAACCUCCUCCACCUCGUUCUCCUCGCUCUUCCCCAGCUCCUCCACCCUCCCCCACACAGCGUACUCCUCCACCAUGCCCACCUCCUCCCUCUCCUCCUCCUCCUUCCCCUCCUCCUCCACUUCCUCUAGCGUCAGUUUCUCCACAGGCCGCGGCUCCGGAAUCUACACCAGCCACAAGGACCCUCUGUCUUUGAGUGGGGGUGUCUGUAACACCCCUCUAUCGUUGGGCGGAGGCGUAUGUAGCACCGCUCUCUCUUCAGGACUCCUGCCAUCUCACGUCUCCACGCUUCCACUUCAACCAGUCAACUCUGCCCUCAACACCCAGGUGCACCCAUGUUCAAGCUCUUCCUACAGCCUUAGCUCCUCUCAGCCAUUUAGCAGGAUCCUUUCUACUGCCCGUACACUGCCCUCACUACUGAGCCAAGCCCAGACCUCACUUCAAGAGUCCGAGAUGGACGACUGUCGCUUCCCAUGUCAUGACAACUCGCCACGAGAGAGCCUUUCCUCACAGUCUCCUAUGAGCAGUCUGCCCUUACUGUUUGACCAGAGGGAGGGCGUGGGCCCUGGGGUCAGAGGUCGCCCUGAAAACGUCCCUCCAUCCAGCUCCCACAUAGAGCUCCUCCUGGAGAAGCAUGGCAACGGAGAGAUGGGAGCCAACAUUGUAGAGAUGCUCCAGUCCCUCCACUCGCUGCAGCAGGAGAACCAGCGUCUCCAGGACCAGAUUCUCAGCCUGACGGCCAAGAAGGAGCGGCUGCAGCUGCUCAACGUGGAGCUGGCCUGUCCCUUCCCCCCGCAGGUCCAUCACUCCCACCACUCCGCCCAGGGCCUAGUGCCCACCACCACCCACAUCAGCUUCCUCUCCUCCGCAUACGACCCCCUCAGCACCAAUAAGAGUCCCCUGUCUAAAAGCUUCUUCCUGAAUGAUACCUCCUUCAUCACCUCAUCCGAGGAGCUCCACUCUGGUAGUCCCUCCCGCAGUAGCUCCUCCCUCUCCUUCCAGAGCACUCCGCCCCCUCAGCAGAGCCCCGCCUCCUUCGGCCAGCCCUUGCUGAACGGGCUGGGUGGGCGGGUUUUGACUGACAGCCUGGGGGGCCUCAGUCAUGCCAGCAGUUCCAUGGUGGGCGGGCUCAUGGCCUCCCAAGCAGGAAGUCCCCAGCUGAACAUGAACGGGAUGCUGGGCAGCCUGAACGGGGUGAUCCAGUCACCUGUCCAGAACGGCCCCCAGCCCACCCUACCAGCCCUGCGGCCCCAGCCUCCUCCUUUGGGCCUACAAGCACUGGCACAGGGCCUGCAGCUCCCCAAGAGCAUGAGUCCGUCUUCUCUCCUGUCUGAGCAGCAGAAGCAGCUCCUUCUCCAGCAGAACUUUACUCCAGAGCAGCAGGUGGUGGUCUUUCAGAUGCUGCAGCAGCAGCGGCAGAGGGAGCUACAGCGACUCGCGCUAACCGGGGCCCUCACCUCCACCCCCACUUCCCAGUCCCCCAACCUGGGGGCCUCGCCACUGCAGGGUGGCCAGGGAAACCCACUCUUCGGCCUGCAGGAUAAUGCACUUCACAAGCCCGGGGGGGUGGGAGAGAAGGGCGGAGACAAGAAUGGCUGACAUGUCAUCUUCAUGUCUGAACUGUUGCAGUUGUAACAGCAGCUAUAACAGGGGAAAGGAAAGUAAUUGAGCUGUUCCAUCAGAAACUAAUGUCACCUUUAAUCUCUACCUGAAAGACUCUUGAACUCUCUGUCUUCUAUCAUCUCUGUCUUUCCCCCUCUUUUAUGAAUGUAUAAUGGAUUCAAUUUAAACGGUUAUGUUUUUUUAAUGCAUUGAAUUCCUUUUAUUUGAGGAUGUUUUUUUCUUCUAGGUCUGUGUGUGUGUAGGCAGCUUUCAGAGAGCAUGAAUACAGUGGUCUGUAAUUGAAUUGCACUAAUCUGUUAGAUAGACCAAUUGUGUUUGCUCUUGUAGCAGAGCCAGAGACUCUGGAGUCCUGACGGUAAAUGUGGAGAGUAUUGGGGUCCAGCAUAGAAAUUGGACUCUGGUGAUCAAUUCCAAAUCAACCCCUAGCCACUACUCUCAAGGCACUUCCUGAGAUCUGAAAUGAUUAGAUGGGCGUAAACAAUAUGAUGACUAUUCCACCUAGCCAAUCAGAAGACAAGGUAAAUCAAUUACCUUGUAACUUUAAACCUAUCCAAUCCUUUUAGAUCUACUGGAGUGCCUAUGGGUAGGGCUAAGUGUCGACUUGGAAUUUGGGCGUGAGUGUUUUGGGCCAAAGUGUCCUUAGGCCAUAACUUUACUGAAGCACUGACCCUCCACUUAAGCAAGUGUACCCCUGUGGAACCAAUGUAUCCCUUCAAACAUCCUUGUUGAGGACAAACUGUCUGACACCUCUCUAAACAUCAACUGUCUUCCUUUCAUUUUCUUCCCUCCCAUAUAUUGUAUAACUAUGAUAUUCCUAUUCUAUCCUAUUAAAUGUCACAGCUACAGACUGGCACCAAAUGAUCUGGGGACUGGCAUUGACAGUGUAGAAUGCUAACUAUGCCUCAGUCCACCCCUGAGAAUUUAGAGAGAAUGUAUGAUGUUCAAUAUGUGUGCCACUGCCGAGAUUAAUCAAACGAAACCAAACAUUUGAAAAUUGUCAAAGUAAAUAUGUAAGAAAUUAAUAUUUUUGUUUCCUCAACCCAUGUGUACUUUGCUGAUAUAGAACCGAAUAAGGGACAUUUGGUACUUACUGUUUCUAGGCUACUUGGAACUGACAAGUUAGUGAUUGAUUAGUAUGAAUAUUUUGCACUCUAUCCUGAAGUGUUAGUGUUUUCUUAUUUGUUACGGUUGUACAUAUUGUUCUUUUGAUGCCCGGAAAACUACUUGUUCUUUUAGCAAUACUGUAUAGUUGUCAAUGCCUUAAAAUAAUGCUAGAGUUACUGAGGAAAAUCAACUCCCCCUUAACAGCCAAAAGGCAGCUUCUUUUCUCUUAUCCAUUUCUUAGUCUAGUUUUUGUUCUGGUUACAUUUACCGUUAUUUCAGAUUUAGGUGAAAGCACUCUUUUCAAUCUUACCAUUUAUACUAUUGAUAGGCAACGGUGAUAAUGUCAACAAUUGUAAAAAUGAAAAUAUGUUUAUUGGUAAGUCUGAAAUCAUCUGUAAUUGUGUCUUAAGAUGCUGCUCAAUGUUCUGUUUUUUAGAAGAACUGACAAGCAACAUCCCAUGUUAGAUGGUAUCACUUUACUUUGUCUUAAGAUCUAUAAAAUGCUGUCAUAGCAAUGACAUAGCAGUCAUGGUAUUUGUGACUAUGUUCUUAUACAAUUGUGACUCAAACUCUUAUUGCUUUCAUCGGGUCAGUGUUGAAUCAAUUGUCAUCAGCUGACUUUAUCUGUUAUGAUACGACUACCCAUGACAUCUGUUACGUCAUUCUAGUAACACCAUUAUGUAAAGUAUGUCUUACUACUGAGAUCAUGAUGCCAAGUCAUACAUGUUACCAUUCAGAACACAUAGGCAACUCGGGAACUCUAAUAUGUAGCUUUCUUUACUGCCUGCUGCAUCUACAUUCCUGUGUGGCACAUAAUAACAGGUCCUUCUGUGCCGUUCUCCCAGGUCUUUUAACUCACUGUUGGACUGGAAUAAUAUUUUUCCUUUGUGGUGUGCGUUACUCAUCUUAUUUGAUCAUUUCCUAAUUUAAAUAUGGUCGAAGAUCAUUUCCAAAUGUGUAUUCGUUUUCUGUUUGCAACCUCGAUAUUGACCUCCCGUACAUGUGAUGUCGGUAAGUAUUGGAACUGUUCUGUUUUUUGUAGUUUGUUGUCAGUGAGGAACUUUCAAGCGACGAUGUUAGUUGGUAAAAUACUGUAGCAACGAGACUAUAUGGGGAAUGUUAACGUUGACAACACAUGAGCCUAUUCCUCCAUAUUGACAGGACUUCCGAAGGAGAUCUGCGGUUGAACAAGUACGUCCUUUAUGAGUUGUUGUACGAUUAAGGUAAUAAUCUAGGAAAGAACAUGUCGAAAGCGAUUGUUUUUGACUGACAGAGUACUGCAAAGGAAUCUUGAAAGGGAAUCUUUCCCAUGUUGCACUGGGGCGAUUUGGCCCAAUGAAAUGUAAAUAAUUUUUUAAAUAUACUUUUGUUCUUUUUUAUUGUUUGAGUACAAAUUGUAUACUUAAAUGUGUUUGUGUAUAGACACAUUCAUUUUCUAAGCUUUGAAGUUGGGUAACCAAGAUAAUCCAUGUUGUUAUGUAUGUAUGUAUGUAUGUCGUUAUGUGUAUCUGUUAUGUAUUACAGCAUAUUUAAGCACCUCUCUCUUAAAGAAGUUUGAUGAAAAUGGAACUAACUUCUUGGGACAUAAAAUGCAUGAAAUGCAGUUAAGUCUCGCAAAUCAGUAGCUAAAUACCAAGUUAGACUACGCAGAGUUUUUAAAUGCAUUGUUCUCAAAAAAAGUUUUAUGAAAUUUAAAUUGAGCACUGCAUUUGAGAAAAGACAAGCAUUGUUGUCAAUGUACAGUGUAUUUGUUUGAGAGAAUUAAUCAACAAUGAAUUUGCCAAUAUUCAGAUUUAAUGCCCUGUAAAGUAUUUUGAUAUUUUUGUGUAAAAAUUAAAAAGGCACAAUUAAGACGACUGAACUUUUACUGUCAAUAAAUGUAUUUUACUGAG